AUGUUUCCUAUCGGAAGUGUGGUCGAAACUUCUUCCGGAGAACGGGGAUUUGUUCGAUAUGUUGGUUCUGUUCAGAACAAAAAUGGGACGUUCGUCGGAAUUGAAUUGCUCCCUGAAUAUGCUAGUGCUGGAAAAAACAGCGGUAGCGUAGACGGGGUGGAGUAUUUCAAAGUAAAACAAGAGCGAACAGGCAUUUUUGUUCCCGUGGACAAAUGCGAACUUGCUUCGUCUAUCGGGACAAGCUUCUCUCCAAAAUCAAAUUCUCAAAACUCAUCUCCCACCGUCUACAGUCCGAACAAUAAUCAACCCUCAACACCUUCCGGCAUCCCACGUCUUUCCUCCAUGUCCAGUUCGCUUAUGGGUCUUAGUACAAUUUCUACAACUGCACUGACUCCUACAGAGAAAAUAUUGCAAAAACGAAUUGAAGAGUUAUUAUAUGAACGACAAAACCAUCAAAGACAACUGGAGGAAGUGUUGGCUACCGUUGAACAGUUACAAUCAUUCGUGGUCAACUUCACUGACCAACAGGAUGAAGUUGAUGAGCUACGAGAGCGAAUUAAAUUAAAAGAGGAGCGUAUUCAAUUAAUGCGUGAGGAAGCGUUAAAGAGGCGCUCGGAGUUCAAGGCCACAAUUGAAUGUUUGGAAGACUCUGGGACACGCGCAAGUGAAGCCUACGAACGACGAAUAAAAGACCUGGAAAUGCAAAUACAGCUCACCUCAAGCAGCGAACGAGUAAGCGAGGUGAUUCAGACUUUGAGUGAAGAGAGAGAAGCAGCUUUGAGUCGGGUUGACAAACUUCAGCUGCGAUUGGAAAAUGCCUUGGAGUAUGUUUCGAAACUUGAUCCUGCGGCGAUGAAGGAUGUUUCUCCUUCACAUUCUGCUGCUGAUUCUUCACGUUCGAACGAAGAUACGCCGCAUGUUUUCACGUCUUCGCUACCGGAAAACCAUCCUCAACGAAGACAAACGUUGGAGUUUUAUGAAAUUGAGAUUGAGGUUCUAAGAAGCAAAAUUGACAAAUUAAAGACGCAAUGUACGGAAAAGGAUAUCCGUAUCCAUGAACUUGAGCUUCAGUUGGAGGCUGCGCAAAUGAGUGACAACCGUUCGAUCCUUUCACAUCGCACCGCGUCCAUUCGUUCAAGAGCAAGCGACAGUGAAGAAAUAACUGCUCUGCGAGGACGACUUGCAGAGCUGGAGAAUGCGUUAGAAGCGCAGGUUAUACAGACACUGCAGUAUGAGGAAACCUUAGCUAAAAGACGUUCGGGAAUAUUUACGGAUUCAGAUACAGAAGCACCUGCUGAUAUGUCAUCUACACCAACAGCAACGAACAGUGUUUGGUGUGAUGUUUGUGAGACAAACUCGCACGCACUGCAUGAAUGCCAAGCUGUCUUUGGGAGCUCAGAAGUUCACUGA